AUGGCCGAAUUAACAACUCUCGAUGCGCUGCAGGCUUUCCACCGCGACCUAGCUGCAGUCCGCGACGGUCGUCCUGAAGGUGCCGACUCCUUGGACAACCCGGUCGUCCAGGCCAUUUUCGAGAGAGAGCUGGAAAGAGUAUGGCAAAGACCGCCAAGGGACGAGAAAAGCAGGAACCAAGUCAAGUCUGGCAAGCUCGUGAUCGACGAGGAAGAAUACUCCAUCAACGAAAAUUUCCAGCAGAUUGUAUUUAACCUCGCCGAUGAGGCCGAGAUCAACGAAAUCGAGGCGGCGCGAUAUGUUCUUGAAGCCGAAGAAGACCCCGCCGUCAUUGGCCGCUCGCUGCUCGAAUGCGGUCUAAUACGAGUCCACCAGCAGCGCAAAUACGUUCUCGACUGCGUUCGCUUAAUGUUGGAAAUCGAUGGCUUGGAUGAGGACGAUUUCGACGCCGAGAUUCUCAACGGUGUUCAGAUGUACCUGUCUGCCGCCGUCUUCCAAAACUUGCCUGGCGAAACUGCGUCAUCACAGAAGAGGCUGCUGCCGAGAUGCAUGUCGGCCAUGCAAGAUGUCAGGGGUUGGCUUCAAAAGAUUGCCGAUAAGAUGACUGCCGCGGCUGUGUUGAUCAAUGGGCAGGGAGGCCAGGUUCCUGAGGAGAUGGAGACCAUCGAGUUCUCUCGCGUCAGCUUGUACCAGCAACACGAACUGCUGGCCAUUAUACUUUGUCGGGCGAUCGAGAAAAGGGAAGCCGAAGUGGGCGACUUCAAGUCGUUCGUGCAGAACCUCAAAAAUGCUGACAAGUACGACGUUCUGCUGGCACAUCUGUUCCCUGCGUUGGGUGCAUACAUCACACUAUACGGCUCGACUGAAGGCGCAGCAAACCUCACCAUGGCGCGAGACCUUCAUCCCUUCAUCACAGAUGAGAGCCCUUGGCGCUUGGUAUAUCUCCAGGCGGCAGUCAAAGCUUGGUGGUUGGCCGAGUACAGCGGGUGGUACCUCGACGACUCGCUUCUCGGUGGUUUGGAGGGCGUCGAUUUGGAUCAAGAGGACCGCCAGAGAUCGAAACAAUUCUUGGAAGCACUCAAAGAUGGUGCUUUUGACUUCAUUCUCUCGAUUGCUGCUGACAUCAAAACUCCUGAAUGGGUCGACCCGUCAAGGAUAACGAUGCGCAACUGGCUUCAGCGCAAGGCGCCGCCACUGGUUUCUGAGUCGAUUCAGUUCUCCGAGUUUUUUCAGCAAUCUUUGACGGCUCAGUUGGAGGUUUUCGUUGAUGCAUUCAUCUCCAAUCUUCCCGACGUUUUGCGAAAGCUUCGCGUGGAGGAGGAUGAACAGCGUCAGCUAAGUCAAAGUCACGAACAAGACCUUGACUUGGAGCGCUUUCUGGUUAUCAUUGCUUACGCUUAUGAGGGCCGUCCUAAUGCUGCGAUGAGCUUCUGGUCAGAUCCCGACAGUAACCUGGCGGGCUUUAUGCAUUGGGCGUCGCGAAGAGCAUCUACGCCCCUAGUCAGUUCCUUCUGCGAGAUGUUGCAGGCCAUUUCCGGCAACGACGACUGCGCCACGGCCGCUCACGAGUUCUUGCUCGACGAGGGUCACCAUGCGUCUGGUAAGAUGAGAAGGUCUCAGUCUCUUACCUGGCAACAAAUUUUCAGAGAGUUGGUCUUCUUCUCGAACAAGAUUAGGGAAAAGACGCAAACGCCCCAGGCUUCAUCAACGUACAGACCAGGUCGACCGAGUAGCGACCAGGCCGAAGCCGAACCGGAAUCGACCAUGAUGUUGCAGUCUUACUUGAGACUGAUUACCAAACUUGCUUCAGAGAGUGAGACUGCUCGACAGUUUUUACUGAAGGAGCCAAGUUUCAACCUUGUUGAGAUGCUCUUCCAGCUGGCCAGUAGUCCUGUUCCCGCUGAUCUGCGGGCAGGUACUUUCAUGGCCCUACGCGCAUUGAUCACUCGUAAGACUCACGAGGAAGCCAAUAUUAUGUGGCAAUGUCUGGAGGCUUGGAUGAACGGCGCCUACAUCGUUACACCUGCUCAACACCGGUCACCCCAGAGCUCACCAGUGGUGUCAAUGGAGACCGUUAGCGACGACAUCUGCCACGGGUUUGAAGAACCGCACGCCUUCAUCCAACUUUUAAUUUCACUCGUCACGCCCCCGGAAGAUAGCAGUCCUCUGAACGAUGGCUUGCCUUUCCCUGAAAACCUCGGCUCGGCAAACCGCAUGCCCGGCAUUGAAAUCUACGUCGACACCGUGCUGGGCAAAGUCUUUGCAAACAAAGCGAAUGAGGUGAACGACAUCAACCAGUUGAGAAUGCUCCGUCUGAGCUGUCUCGAGUUUGCCGCCACUUGCCUUUCAACAUUCAACGAGAACCUUAUCGUGAUUGCCAACGAGACAAAUAUCCCAAUUGACUCGGCGAUGGCUGCAACUGACCUUGCAACAUAUGUCAAGUUGCACCCGUUUGCUCGCGUCAUGGAGUGGAUGUUCAAUGACAAGGUCAUCAAUGCCCUCUACCAAAGCAUCCACCAGGAUGCUGUAGAUGUUGGCAACGCCACGCCCGACUCACCGGUCAUCCUGGGCAUUCUCAGAGCUGUGGAUGUUAUCUCGAAAGUUUUGGAUCUUCAGGCAACUUUCCUUGACCUGGUGCGGCCUAUUAUCAAGAUGCAGUCCAACCAUCGACGGCCACCUGUUGCGAACGCUGCAUACGCUUCCUUUGAAGAUGGACUGGUCGGCCAUCUAGGCCUUGUGGUUGACCUCGGAAGCUACUGCGGCUUGGGUCAUCCCGAUCUGACUCUGGCUUGCUUGAAGCUGCUGGAGAAGAUGACUGCGUCCUUCAAGAUGACGUCUGCAUGGUCGUCUAGUCCCAGUCGCAAGAAUCAUCGCAACAAGGCAAUUGUGGCAAUGGAAGCGAAUGGGGAGCAUGAAGCUAUCUCACGAUCCUUGGCGGCAGAGUUGACAACGCCGUUGGAUCUUGGCCGUGAAGCCGAAUCACCCAACUACCUUACCAAAUCCUACAUCCUCGACUUUCUCUCCAGCUGCCUAGCAGCAAGUCCCAACAAGCCCACGAUUGCACACUUACUUUUGGGCUUCCAGUGCGGCGUCGAUACGCUAACAGUGGACUCGAAUGGCUCGUUUGGAUCCAGGAACUCUCUGUUCCACGCCAUGCUAAGACUUCUCUUGGAAACUCCUUUCGGCGACCCGCAGGGUAUGAGACAGUGGUUGAUUUCUUUGAAGAGCAAGUGCAUGCGCAUCCUGCGGGUAUUAUGGACUUCGCCUUUGUCAGCUCCUCUUAUCAUUGACGAGUUGAGGGAUAACGAUGUUUUGUUUCACUUCUUACUGCGCGAAGUCAUUAUUCAGCCAGCACUACCCUGGGAAGGACAAGACAUCAACCUGCCCCAAUUCCCCCUGACUGAUGGCGCACCUACCCUUAUUGACUUCCUCGCGUUGCGUAGCAUGAGCUUGGAGUACAUUGCCAUGGAGCUCUGCAGCGUUUCCCAAAGCCGAAUGCCCUCCCUAAAGAGACGGAUUUUCGAAGCCCUCAAUGGUCAAAUCGUUGGCGACAACAACGAGCCGAUGACGAUCCCCACUGUCUUCGAUCUUUACGACUUUUUGCUUCCGGACGGCAUCUGGGACAUGUCUCUUCCGCCACUUCAGUUCUAUAAGGAGCUUGACCUGAGGAUAUGCUUGGAGGAGGAUGACCACGGGAACGCCAUUUACAAUAUCGACCGCGCUAGAGAGAUCCUGUUGCUGAAGCGCAGCGAAAGGAGAGAUGACGGCGUUGUGCUGACGGCAGCGGACUUCACCACCUUGGAAAGAGAGGAAGCGGCAAUCGUCGAUUACCUCAUUUUCACCAACAGACAAAAGAGGAUAGCAUCACAAAGCCUGGGCGUCCUCAAGACGUGGACGAGCCUACUUUUGGUAAUGGUCGAGUCGAACGAGUUCAAGGGCACUACAGAAGCCUCUUUCUACCUGCAAGCACUCCAGGCCAUCCUUCCCGGUCUGGAAGCCUCGGCGUCCGAGCGACCAGAAGAAGCGAUGGAGCUUGCAAAGCUAGCAAAGGUCCUCCUUUUCAAGCUUGAUCUGACAUCGAGGCCUUCGCUUGACCGCGAGAGCCAAGCUAUCGGCAGCCUCGUCAGCGACAAGUUGUACCAGCUUUUCCAGAUCUGCCUGCAAGCCAUCGGCAAAUGGGCCGGUUCCUCGGACCUUCGUGCAGUCUACUACAGCAUCUGCUACCGCUAUCUCACCGGCAUGGUCGACCAAGGUCUGCUCGUCGCCGGACGGAAGAAGACGAUCAAGACGAUUCAGAUCUAUGGUGAAAGGCUCAUCAACGUCAUCUGCGAUGACGCUUACGGUAGCGACGCUGCAUGCCAAACCGCAGCCUUCAUCCUCCUCAACGCCCUUGUCAACCUCGGCCGUCAGGAAGACGACUCCCACAUCGUCGAGACCCUCAACCGCCUCAACUUCAUCGGCAUUCUCGUCGAUUCUCUCCGCACCAUCCUGCAAGACUGGUCCGACAUCGUCCGCACCGGCAACUCUGCGCAGGAGACCUACAUCGCAGCGAAGUUCGCACUGCUGCUUCAGCUCGCCCAGACCAAGCCGGGCGCCAAGUACAUCCUCCACGCCAACCUGCUCCGCUCCGUCGAGGCCUCCGGGCUCUUCGCCGCAGACCCCGAGCUCCAGAUCGACCCGUCCAACCCCAAGGCGCUCGAGAAGCACUACGAGCUGCUUUCCAAGGUUACCCGGGUGGUGAGCGCGGCCAUCGUCAGCAGGGGCGACAGCAACAUCCUCCAGGGCCGCAGGUUCCUGACGGAGCACCGCAUGCUCGUGACCCAUACGCUCAAACGCAGCGCGGGCAUCGGCGCCGUGGAGGGCGAGGGCGUGCUGGAGGAGAUGAUCGACGAGCUGGCCGAGGGCUUCAUGGUCCUGAUUGCCGCGACUGGUUUCUUGGAGUUUGAGAAUGAAGUGAUGCCGGAGCCGAAAAGACAAGGCCCCACGCUGUUCACGUAA